GUCUCUACCAUAUAAAUUGUUCCCUUUAUUUUUACAAACAACAAAUGACAUAGGAUCUUGUUCUGCCUCCUUCUCUCCCUCAAUCCAAUUCUCAUCCUAUUCGUAAGAUAAAGAAGAUGCAGAGGGGUAGAGGAGUUGAAGAUAACAUUUUUGAACCAAGAGGGUUUGGAGAUUUUGGUGGCUUUGGAUUUCCUAACAGUAUGAUGCGAAGUCUUUUUGGAGGCAGGGAUCCAUUUGAUGAUCCCUUUUUCACUGACCCAUUUGGUAGCUUGCUCGGUCCAAGUUCUGCAUCGAGAGCUAUGCAGAGGACAAACAAAGAAAAAGGAAUAGUUAUAGAAGAAUUAGACUCUGAUGAUGAGGGGGCUCGUAAUUGCCCUGAAACCGGCGACAAGGAUUUUGAUCAGAAAAAAUCUAAUUCGACCAUGGAACCAUCGGUUGAACAUCCAGAUGAUGAUGAGGAUGCAGAGAACAGUGAUGCAACUUACAAGGAUGACCAUCACACGACCAAACCCUCGAAGACGCGGAAGAUUUCUUUUCAGACGAGCAGAGUAACCUAUGGCGGUAUAGAUGGUGCAUAUUACACUUCUACCAGAACCAGAAGGAUGGGUGGUGAUGGGGUGGUAAUGGAGGAAAAGAAAGAAGCUGACACAACAACAGGCCAGGCAACACAUAGGAUCACCAGAGGAAUCCAUGACAAGGGUCAUUCAGUUUUGAGGAAGCUUGACUCAGAUGGUCAGGUUGAUACCAAGCAGACACUGUACAAUCUUAAUGAAGAUGAGCUUGCUGGAUUUGAAGCAGCAUGGAAAGGAAAUAAUAUGGCACAAUUGCCCGGAUUUGAUGUGCAUAGGAACGGGGGUUCUAGCGGUGGCAAGCAGAACAGAAACCAGGUUUGGUCACUUCCAUAUUUGGAGCCAGCUGGAAGGGCGAGAGGAUUUCCAUCAAAUUAUGAGGCAGGAACCGCUUCUGGGGGGAGAACAAAGAAGGUUGUUAGAGUCAAUAUUGAUUGAACAUUAGGAUUUGGUAGUUGAUUGCUUCCCAUUCUUCUGUAAUUGCAGAUUGAGGUGUGCUUUUGUGUCUUGGUUAGGUUCAUGCUGCACUUAUUAAGAACAUUUUGAUUUGUUUGGUGAUAAAAUUGUCAUGAACAAUAAUGAUUGUAAAUAUUUUAAAUCUUGAGAAUACAUGUCGUUGUCGCACAUACUUCAUACA